UUUGUUUUUUCAGGAAUAAUUGCCAUCUUAAAUCAUGAAUUCUUCAUGGAUAGCAAGUAUUUUAUUACCUUGCCUACUAAUUUGUAUCGUCCAAUCCGCCUCAAUCAAUAGGGAGCGAAGAGGCGUGAUUUCGUCAGAUUUUCUACGGGAGCUUGCUGAUAGAAUUGACUUUUAUAAUGAGUGGCUACAACUAAAUGAAUUCGACAACAACAAUAAGCAAGUUCAAGAAAAACGUGGGGACUGUGACUCAUUUGGAGGAUGUGCCCAGCUUACGGCUAGCCAACAAUUAGCAUACAGAACACGACACAGGGAUUUAAGUAAUUUGUUUGGCACAGGCGGACCAGGCAGAAAGAGACGCUCAACGCAGCCCAGUGACGCCCAAAAUUGAACCAUUCAAAGUGUAUAUCUGAACAGACUUUUAAUGAUGCAUCUGAUUUUAACAUGUUGGGGAUGAUGGAACGCCAGCGACGUGGCAAAUGACGGCUUACGCCGGAUAAAAAAUACCGUUACUUCUUCAGAGUGUUCAUCAGGACAUGACUAGGACUACUUUUAUAACAUCAAUCAUUUUAAAAUGUGGAUUAAAAGCAACUGUUUUUUUUCUUUCUUUUGUUAAUGAAUAAGCAAUCAUUUGCCUUUUUAACGCGAAAUCCUGAGGAUUUCAAGCGAGAAAGUGUGAUAGCUAACACCGGCAAAUAAUGGUGGCGCUACCACUGUACUCGAAUACAACAAACUUAGUUAUUAUAUAAUAAUUUAAAAAAAAACUUCAAGUUUUGAAGUGGGACUUUUGGAAAACAGUACCGUAUUAUACAACAAUGCUAAAAGAUAUAUUUUGUCCAAUGAAAUGAAAACAUACAAGUGUACUUUUAAAUUGUAAAAACGAUAUAUAUUAUAAAAAUUAGGUGGUUUAUUGUUUAAUAUUAUAAUAUUUCAUGUUGUAAGUUAUGAAUUUGUGGAAUGUGUUAAUAGAGUAGUGGUAAUAAAUUCGCAAGCUCAACUUUUCAA